AUGCCUACGCCACUCGAUCGAGCAUUGAAUUCGAAGAACCUAUUCCUAGGCUUCACGGGCCUCGUUGCCGCUGCUACGGCAUGGAGCAUCUGGGGUGGUGAUAUGUUCCCGAAAGAAGAGGACCCAAAGGGAGAACCUGAGGCCUGGACCGAGACUGAGAUGAAGCGAUGGCUCAACGCUAGAAACCUCAUGGCAGGCAGCACAGCGACACGAGAAGAGCUACUUGCAAGGGUCAGGGCGAACAUGCGGGCUCCGCGAGUUUGA